AUUUUCACCAUGGACAAGCAAAACUUUGCGCGGGUGGUGGAUGAAUCUCUCCACAAUUUGCGGUGGAAACUGCUGGAUGCCUUUCCGGAAAUCCAAGCUGGCUGCGAUUCGCUGCUGGGGACGAGCACGUCUCCCACCAAUUUCGCCCAUCUCACUCCGAUGGUGAAGGAUUCACCGAAGGAUUCCCCAUCUCCUUCAAGGCGACAGUCUUUGGCGCCCACAAUCUCUCCAGCAGAUAGCAUGCAGUCCCAGGUCCUGCGCAUGGAGCAGGAAGAGAUAGACACUCCACGGCACAGACAUCCUGAGUUGGUGCCAGCCUUCCAGGGCAGUGAGGAAGAAGGACAAAAGAUCCGCAGUCGCUUGCGAUUGCGGCUGGGAGCUUUGAAUGAUUCGCUGGUGAGUGGCAAGGGCUUGCACGAUGCCUGCGUGGCACUGGGACUUACAGCUUACACUGUGGAAGAUAUGAAUUCUUUGGUGAAUCUUUUGGCGGAUUACAUCCAGCUGGACUUUGAGCGUGAGGAGGGUGUGGUCUAUGAAAAACCCCGACGCUUAAGUGUCAAUUCCGCGAAUAUGUUCUUCUUUUCCAACCAUCACCAGCCAGCGGUGCCGGUGGUGAGUGGCAAGCCCGUGUGGCACUGGCCCUGUUCACUGACCAGUCGCAACCUGCAUCGGAGCGCUUCCAUGCAGCAGACUUUCGACCCAUUCGCGGGGGUGAGCAAGCACUUCAACCUGGUACCCGCCAUGCCGUUGAUGGAAAUUUUCCUUGCGAAAGAGUGCGAGGUCCACAGGAGAAUCUUCGGGCCGCGAUACAUGAAGCAAUUCAAGGCUAUGAAGGAGAUCUUACUGGCUGGGGACACCAAUCGCUUGGUCGCAGAGUUGACCUUUGUGCGCAUCAACGAUUUGGCAGCCCCACCAGAAGACAGGAGCAUUGGCGUGUUUCUGGAGCCCAUGGUGGCCUCUGUCAUCAUCGCCAACGGCGUGGUUGUGGGCUUCCAGGCGGAUCCUGAGUACGCCAACUGGCACGGCUGGCUGGGGGUGGAAAGCGCCUUCGCGUUCUUUUUGAUCGCAGAGAUUCUGCUGCGGAUGUUGGUGAUCCAGGGUCGCAAGACCUUCUUCUGUGGCCAGGAGUCUGCUUGGAAUUUCUUCGAUCUGCUCCUGGCUGCCAGUGGUUUAGCUGAUGUGUGCAUACAACUUGCGGGUGCCGACAUGCCAGAUGUUUUUGCCACCUCGCUGCUACGGUUCUGUCGCCUGAUCCGACUGGUGCGUAUCGUGAAGGUCUUUCGACUCAAGGCCAUGAAGGAUCUGCGGUUGAUGGUGAAGGGCCUGGUGGCUGGAGUGAAGACGCUGGUGCUGGCCUUCACCCUGCUGUUUACAGUGCUCUAUGUGAUCAGUGGUUUCGCCACGAUGACCAUUGGAGGUAGCCAAAAAACCAUCGACCUGGGCCUACAAAGAUAUUUCCUCACGAUCCCAGAUUCCAUGUUCACCUGUUUUCGAUGCUUCACAGGGGAAUGUGUGAAUGAUAGUGGGCAACCGAUCCAUGCCAUGUUGGCGGACGCCUUCGGCCCAAUUUUUGUCUUCCCCUACGUCGCGAGCUUCAUGUUGGUGAGUUUGGGCAUUUUCAACGUGAUCCUGGCUGUCUACGUUGAUAUCACCAUGAAGGCUGCAAAAGAAAACGACCUGACGGUGGAGCAGCACAACCGCGAAUCCAUUCGCAUCGCGCGCAUCGCGCGGGAGUUGCUGAAGAAGUUUGCGGCGGCCUUUCGACUCUUCCAAGACAUGAACGAAGAAGACAGCGCGCAGCCGAAGAUCAAACUCUCCAAGUCCAAUGGCUUCAUGGACGCAGAUGUCCUGGAGAGCAUCGCCAUCACCAAGGAGCUCUUCUUGAUGGUGAUCCAGGACCGUCGUGUCCAAGGCUUGAUGGAUGAACUGGAACUGCCGCCGGAUCGCGCCAAUCUCUUCGAGAUAAUCGAUGCAGAUGGCUCGGGGACGCUCCAAUUGUCCGAGCUGGUCCACGGGCUUUUGAAGAUCCGUGGCGAGAUCUCCAAGAGCGACGUGGUGGCGGGGCUCUUGGCCACCAAAGCCGUGCAGGAAAAGGUGGAGGAAGUGCUCCAGGAAAACGCCCGACACGUCGAUGAACUGAAGUUCGAACUUCAAGGUUUGCAGCUGGCGAUGAGGUCUGCAGGAAGCAGAGAGCCCAGCAGAGAGCCCAGCGUCCGAUUCACCGGCACCGAGCCAUUGGAGGAGGUUCCGCAGCUGGAGGAGGACAAGGUGAUGGGAAUCUUGGAGGAGGAAUCUCCAAGGUUACCGUCGAUCACGAAACCGUCAUUUUUGCUACAGGCUCCGCAGCGGCCGAAAGAGCUGGUGGAUGACAGUGAAGUGGCGCCACCAGCGGAGGAAGCGUCGCCGGAGAAUGAAAUCAUUGAGCUGCAGAGAACCGAAUAACCUGCAGCCGAAGAUCCGAUGUUUUUUUUC